ACUCUCAAAGCCCCUCCAUUUCUUGGUCCUGACGACUCGGCAACCGCCCACGUUUUUGCACCAUCAACGCCAUAUUUAUACAACUUACAAAUCUUACAAACUCGCUCCUACAUGCCCAUUCCUCUAAACUAGUUCUCUUUCCCAAAAUUCCUUUCCUUCCCUUUACAAUAUUAUCACAAAGCAAAUAACCUUUGGUACAUAUUUCUGCCAUCUUUGGGUGUGUUAUAGCAACAAAAUGUUCGCAGUUAGUGACCAGAUGUUGCAGUACGCUCCUAGGCCAAUAUUGCCCAUUGACAGGAAUUGGAAAUCCAACGUUGAACUUGCUCCGAAUUGUCCACGUUGUGCCUCUGCGAACACUAAAUUCUGUUACUACAACAACUAUAGCUUCUCACAGCCUAGGUACUUCUGCAAAGGUUGCAGAAGGUACUGGACUAAAGGUGGUUCUCUUAGAAAUGUGCCUGUUGGUGGUGGCUGUCGCAAGAGUCGAAGACGCAAGUCUAGCGGGGUCGAGAAAAGUGGUAGUCACCUUUCCAUAAAUUAUAGUAAGAAUUUAAGUAGUUUUGGCAAUAACCAGGAGGAGAUGAUUGGGGUCAGUAGUUCUUCUGAUGGGGACUUAAGGAAUCAACCAGGGCCUGCUAGUGGGUCGGAUAUUGACUUAGCAGUUGUUUUCGCCAAAUUCUUGAAGCAGAGUACAAGUUUUGAUCAGCCUGAUCAGAUUGUAACUCAAGAAUUGCCUAAUGAAGCUAAUGAAGGGAUUGAUGUAUGGAGUUCUUUAGAACAAGAUAACAACAGCCAGAAUGAUUCUUCGAUGGAGUGCCAGAAGCCACUAGUUCAUUCAAUUCCAGAUUCUUAUAUGCUUCAAGAAAUUUCUCAAGUUAAGCAGCAGCUAGAAGAAAAUAAUAGUAUUCAUCAGGGAUUGCUGGAAACUGAUCACAUGAACGCGUUUGGGUUACAAAAUCUGUUAGCUGGUGAAAUGGUGCAGGAUGCUUUGUGGCCUGAUGAUGCUCCAACUAGCCCAAUCUUUGAAUGGCAACCAAUGGCGCAACUGCAACAGUUCGAAUCCUUUUCAUUGGAUGAUGAGCUAAAGAUUUCUGCAAAUUUAAUGGCCGAAAAUUGGAGUUCCUUUGAUCUUCUUGGGUUUGGACUUUUUUCAAAACCUUGAAGUUAAAGAGACUUUUCCAAUUUUAUAUAGUAAUUCAUAUACCAUAUACUUUUGUUCCUUUCUUUAAUCUACUUAAUUAUAAGGUAGCUUUGUUACAUUCCCACAUGAAUUGGCUAGUUUAGCUUUACUAUUAUUUUAACAAAAUAUAAAUAAUUUGUUGCUGGAAACGUGAAAGUUUAUUUACCGUUACUGGGUUGGUUCUAAUUGUAACACAAUCCAUACU